CAUUGGGAGCAAUGAUGAGACAAGUGACGGACUUUACUCUCUUUCGCAAUUCCAUGGAGGAGUUGAGGGGAGCCGCUGGGGCUGGGCCGCAAUAAAUGGCGGAGUCGAGGCCGCUGCCAUAGCCGUCUCCAUGGCGGCGUUGCAGAAGACUCUGGUUUCGGAAUUCAAUACGAGCACGAGAAGUUAGAGAGAGAGAGAGAGAGAGAGAGAGAGAGAGAGAGAGGAGUUGCCCACUCGCCCUGCUGCUGCUUUCUUCUGCUGCUGUGCUUACUUCUGCUGCUUGCAGUUGCAGCGGCGGUGGCAUGAAGAAAUCAGGAGGAGAAAAAAAAAAUACGGCGGAGGCAGCGGCGGAGAUCAUUAAUUAUUCCGAGGAGAUGCGUUUUCAGUCGGUUUUAUUUUGAUCUGUUGAAGUCUGUAGAGGCGAAGAUUAGCUUCGUGGGGAGCAGAUUAGGGAGAGGGUUUGAUGGAUUGGGUGGUGUAAUUAAGGCGGCGGAGUUGUAGAUAUGGCAGGAUUUUUCCUCGGAAGCGGCAGCGACAGCGGCGGCGGCUGCCAGCCACCGCGCGGAGAGUUAGGUUCAGCCGGCGCCGCGGGGGUACCAGCUUCUGAGGGCGGUUUCUUUCUUUAUACUACCGGCCGCGGCGACCCGACCGCGUACGGCGCACGAGGAUUCGAGCUGUGGCAGCAGCACCACCCCCAACCCCAGCUUUACUCUGGCAGCGCGUUCCCGCACGUCGGAGCGGCGCAGCCACAGCAGGUGGGCCGCGGAGGCGGCCUCGGCGGUGGGUUGAGCUGCCAGGACUGCGGCAACCAGGCGAAGAAGGACUGCGCGCACCUCCGGUGCCGCACCUGUUGCAAGAGCCGCGGCUUCCCCUGCCCCACCCACGUCAAGAGCACCUGGGUCCCCGCCGCCAGGCGCCGGGAGCGCCAGCAGCAGCUCGCCUCCGCCGCCGCGGAACACCGAUCGCGCCGCGGCGCCUCCGUUGCCGGCAGCGACAGCGCCACCGCCUCCGGCGAGACUUCCAAGCGGCCGCGCGAAAUCGUCACCUGCCUCCGGCCCACCACCGCCACCGCCACCACGUUUGCAGAAGCGGCGACCUUCCCGCCGGAGGUUUCCGCGCCGGCGGUGUUCCGCUGCGUGCGGGUGAGCCACGUCGACGACGGCGAUGACGUGUUCGCCUACCAGACCGCCGUCAGCAUCGGCGGCCACGUCUUCAAGGGCCUCCUCUACGACCACGGUGCCUCGGCGGCGGAGCCGAAAGACUUCCCCCUCGCCUUCUCCACCUCCCCCGCCGUAACCAUCGCCGGCGCCGGACACCCACCCGUCAACACCCCUACAACCGCGCCUUCCGAUCGGCCUCUCGACCCCUACCCGACCGCCUUCAUGGCCGGCGCUCAAUUCUUCCCCCACCAAAACAGACCUUGACUGCAUCAUCUUCUCCAAUUCUAGCUAGCUCCAUGGAAUUAAGCUGAAGAAGAAAGAGAAGGGAGGAAGGUAUAUGUAUCAGCACUUAAUACCGAGAUUAAUCUUUAAUUAUAAAUUAUUAUUAUUUGUGUACUCAAUUAAUAAUUUAUAGACUAGCACUGUGAAUGCAUGCAUUAUAGACUGUUCAGUUUCUUUUCCAAGCAACUGCUACAUUCUACCAUCUUGUUGUUGUUUGUCAUUCAUCAAUAUAAUAUUCUUUUCUAAAA